AUGGAGGUUGACUUGAGCAUUUCUAACUCUGAAGUAGAUUUGAUAUUUGAUGAAACAAUUGCACCUAUGGGAGAGUGCCUUGUGAAGAUCCCAUCAAAGUGGGAAGACAAGUAUAAUGCUGAGGCUUUAACCCCUGUUUCAGCAUGCUGUAUGUAUUUUAAUUCUGAUUUUUUCUACGUUUUCUGCGAUUUUUCUUUAUCUGGUAAAGUUUUCUUCUUUGAGGUGCCAACUGCCGUAAGUUCAAAGGAGAAUGUGCAGACUUUUGUUCUUCAUCCGCAGUAUAAGCAAAUUUCCUCCAUGGCUGGUUAUCACCAGGAGACUGAUCAUUCAGCAUUACUUGAAAUUAAAGCCAAAAUAACUGAUGACCCUCUAGAUGUGAUGAGCUCGUGGAACGACACUCUCCACUUUUGUGAGUGGCACGGUGUUACUUGUGGUCACCGGCACCAGAGGGUGAUAGCCGUGGACCUCCAAUCCUCGAUGCUUACUGGUUCUCUUUCCUUACAUGUAGGAAAAUUAAGGUUUUUGAAGCAGCUUCUGCUCCAAAAUAACAGUUUUUUAGGCCCAAUCCCUUCUGAAAGCGGUUAUUUGCACAGAUUGCAGUAUCUGUUUCUCUCUGAUAAUUCAUUUCAAGGGGAAAUCCCUUCAAGUAUAACUGGUUGCUCCAGUCUUGUUGUGUUGGAUGUCGUGAGUAACAGGUUGGAGGGACAGAUACCACCCGGGAUUGGUUCACUAUCCAAGCUUCAAAUUCUUCAAUUGUCAGUAAACAAUCUCACAGGAACUGUUCCUCCAUCUCUAGGUAACUUAUUGUCCCUACUUAAACUCUCCAUUGGUAGAACUAAAUUGGUUGGGGAACUCCCAAAGAGCCUAGGUAAACUGAAAAACCUCACCUUUCUUUCAUUCUUCUCAAAUAACUUAUCUGGUAUUGUUCCACCCUCUAUCUUUAAUCUCACAUUCUUGACUACUCUAGAUUUGGGAGAGAAUCACUUAGAAGGGAGUCUUCUUUCAGACUUGGGCAAUAUGCUUCCGAUCUCAGUUCUGCUACUGGUGUUUGUAUCAGUAUAUGCCUUUUGCUGCAGAAAGAGAAGCAAGGAACUCAUAACUUCAGGUGAUUCAGAAAUUUCUCUGACAAAUUUGUCUUACAAAUGCCUUUUAAAAGCCACAAAUGGGUUUUCCUCUGAAAAUCUUUUAGGCAGUGGCACCUUUGGGAUCGUAUACCACGGAACCCUGGACGAUGAUGGUAAAGUUGUUGCCAUAAAGGUGUUUAAGCUAGAGCACCAUGGUGCUACCAAGAGUUUCAUUGCUGAAUGUGAGGUGCUCCGGAACAUUAGGCACCGGAAUCUUGUCCAGGUUAUAACAGCUUGCUCAAGUCUUGAUUAUCAAGGCAAUGAUUUUAAGGCUCUAGUCUAUGAGUAUAUGGUAAAUGGGAGAUUGGAAGAUUGGUUACAUCCAGAAAUCAAUACAUUUAACGGCACAAAUUAUGCUCCAAGGAACUUAAAUCUUCGGCAAAGACUUGAUAUUGCUUUAGCCUUGGAGUAUCUUCAUCACAAUUGUGGUGCGCCCGUAGUUCAUUGCGACCUGAAGCCAAGCAAUGUUCUCCUUGAUGAUGAAAUGGUUGCGCAGAUUGCUUAG